AUGGGGGCUGGCGGCGUGGUACUUCGUUUCUUCAACUUAGCCAUCCGAGUGCUUCAAUUUCUCGAUGCCGCAGUGAUCCUGGGUAUCUUCUCAUACUUUCUGGCCAUCCAGAGCCAACAUGACCAGCACAUCCCGCGAUGGAUGAAAGCCGUCGAGGGUCUCUCCGGCGCAGCCACACUAUACGGACUCCUUGGAAUCCUGUUUACUUGCUGCCUAGGCGGAGUUGCCUUCUUCGCCUUCCUUGCUGUCGCUCUCGACAUCUGCUUCAUUGGAGCGAUGAUCGCCAUUGCCGUGAUGACCCGAAACGGGCCCCAGUCCUGCUCAGGACACAUCGAUACCCCACUGGGCUCAGGCAACAGUGACGCCCACAGUCCGUCCGGCCUAAGUUUUGGCUACGCAUGUGAGCUUGAAAAGGUCGUGUUCGCAGUCUCGAUUAUCGGAAUCUUCCUUUUCCUAGUCUCCAUCCUUUUCCAGGUCCUCUACGCCCGCCACCACAAGCGCGAGAGCCGUUUCGGCCCCUCCCCGGCCAACGGCUACACCUACGGCACCCAGCGCCGCGGCUUCUGGCGCCGCAACAAGAAUAGCCCGGAGACCGCCAGCGCGGACGACAUGCUUCCCGGCCAUCCGGCCCCCCGGGAUGUGGAGCUGGGCGACAAUGCCGAGAAGCCUAGCGCCUUCAGCGGCAGCUUGUUCUCACGCAACAAGAACACGGCCCCUGCUAACGGGUAUGGCAACUCGGCUUAUACCGGGAAUUACUAG